AUGCCCCGCUACUACGACUCCUACGACUACGACUCCUACGACCACGACUAUGACGCUCGCCCCUCGCGGUGCACCCGCUCCUCCCACCGCCAACAGCGUCGCUCCCCUUCCGUCUCCUCAGCUGCCUCCCACUCCGACUAUGAACGCGAGUACACUCAUCGCAGCCCCCGCUCCCGCGACCACCGUCGCCCCGCCUCUCCAUCCCGCAACCACAACUAUUAUCCCCCGCAGUCCUCCCACCGCAGUCCGAAGAACCCUCGUUCCCGUUCUCUCCCCCCAGCCCAGCGUAAGCCAACUCGUACAGCAACGCUGCCGAUCGUGGGCGAGGUGCCCAUUGACACGAAGUUAAUCCGCCGCGCGACCCUCGCAGCCCUCAAAGCUGGAGGAGCGGCAGCCUUACACCAGCACACCAAGCCCGGCCCGUGGAAUCCACUUAAGGGCGCGAAGGUAGCGACCGCGGCACUGGGGGCUGCUGUGGGGGAGGUUGCGGCGGAGAAGGGUCUUUUCGGGAGAAAGGAUCGGGAACGAGAUUAUGAGAAUUAUGAGAGGGGCAGGGACAGGGGGCAUGAACGGAGAAGGGGGUAUGAUGAGGAUGAUUAUUAUGAGAGGGACUACAGGAAGAAGAAGAAUGGGAAGAGUGAUUUGGCCAUGGAAGUUGUUGGUGCGUUGGGCGGGUUGCUGGCGGAGAGGAUCGUUAAUAAGGCCGUUGGAAAGAAGUGA